UGAUGUCUUUCUGAAUAAAUAGGACCUGCACACUGACACGGCAUCCACACCUCCACAGACCAUGCAAAGCAUGAAGAACCAAAAAGAUUGAAGAGGAGGAAUGCAGUGACAAUGAAGUAGCUGAAACAGAGUCUGAAGCCAAAUCGGUGUUACCAUCUGGGACAGAUGAAAAAAUGGAGGAGUUAGAAGAGAGUGCAGCUGAAAACAAGCUUGAUUUGGUGAAUGAACGUGGUGAAGCUCAACAAUCUGAGAAAAAUGAUGAAAGCACAGGAGCAGAGACUGUUGCCGUGGAACUGUCUGUGUCAAAUAAGAAAAUGAUGCCGGAUCUCACAGCAAAUUCCAUUGAGAUUGGAACAAAAAACAUCUUACUUGAAGAGCAAAAAAAUGCGAAACAGUUUUCAACCAACCUAUAUGAUUUGUGUGGUCGGCAUAUCUCUGUCGUUAACCCAAUUGGUCUACAAAACUUUGAUGAAUUCCCUUCAGAUCAAGAUAUUCAUGCCUUUCUCACACUGUUACCAAAUGGCCAGCAUAACAGUCAUUUUAAUUCAGGAGUGCAGUGGUUAAAAAAAUCUUUUGGGAAAGGAUUGAUGGCUUAUGUAUUGACAGUUGUGACUCAUGAGUCAGAUGAAAAAUGUGAAAGUGCACUAACAGACCUGAAAGCCAACAGCAGUUUUGUUGAAAAAAGAUCCCACACCUGUAAGUAUCGAAGUAUGGAUGAACGAGAGAUAAUAGCUCUGCUGGAACAAGUAGAUGCCAUGGUCUCUGAAAAUGGUCCCUACCACAGUGGUGUGAUGUGUGAUGCAACUAAAGGGAAGAAAGAACACAUGGACCACAAAUACCACAAGGAAGAAAGGAUUGAUCCCUCAAUGUGUCAGGAAAGUCAAACAGAAGAAGAUACUGAUGAGAAUGCAACUGCAAUCAAGGUAAAGCAGAAUGAUUUAGUAAAUGGUGCAAAACACGAGUGUGAUGAAGACAUCGAAGUGGGAGGAGAGUCUGACAUGAAAUCUGUAUUAUCAUCUGCAAACAAUAAAGGAGAGCCUGAUGAAGAUAACAAGGUGAACAAUGACCGCAGCAGCAACAUGAGUGAGCCGUCCAAAGAGGAGAGUGAUGUAGUGAAAGACAAAUGUCCAACACCUCAGAGAGCUCCAACAGGUACCAAAGAGGGCGAGCUGGAGCAGAGCGCAGCAAAAGAAAUGUGUGAUCCAGUGAAAACACCUGCUGAUAUUGAACUGAAUUCUGAUAUCAAGUCUGGACAAUCUGUUGCCAAUGAGAAAGUCUAUGACUCUACACCAGGUCCGUUUCAUAUGGAUACGAGUGAAAACAUGGAUGUGAAGUCAGAGGAGUCUUCGGACGGGAUGAACACUAAGAGAAAACAUCAAACUCUGCUUGGCAGACUUCAUCUUGAAGAAAAUCUUGAGAAAAAUGACCGCAGCAGCAACAUGAGUGAGCCGUCCAAAGAGGAGAGUGAUGUAGUGAAAGACAAAUGUCCAACACCUCAGAGAGCUCCAACAGGUACCAAAGAGGGCGAGCUGGAGCAGAGCGCAGCAAAAGAAAUGUGUGAUCCAGUGAAAACACCUGCUGAUAUUGAACUGAAUUCUGAUAUCAAGUCUGGAAAAUCUGUUGCCAAUGAGAAAGUCUAUGACUCUACACCAGGUCCGUUUCAUAUGGAUACGAGUGAAAACAUGGAUGUGAAGUCAGAGGAGUCUUCGGAUGGGAGGAACACAAAGAGACAUUAUCAAACACUGCUUGGCAGACUUCAUCUUGAAGAAAAACUUGAGAAAAAGUUCUCAACGGCUACUUUCUUAAAAUUAGGUACACCUGUGAAACAGGACGUUGACGUAGAUGAGAAAGAUGUGGCUUAUACCUUUCUCCAGAAGUUGUGGAUGUUAGACUACAGAGCCAGAUAUAUUCCUACAAAAGAAAAAAAUCCAGAGUUAAACCAUUCAACCCCUGUUAGAGAGAACGUUACUGAUGAUACUGAGGAUGAUGACUUUGAUUACUUUUAUAGCCCCAAUGAUGACUUUGAUCGAUCUAAUCUCCAGACUCACGUGCAUCCAAUGGAUGUUCAGAUGGCAGUGUUUCACUGCUCAGACAGCUUUUUUAAGCAGAACAUGGUAACAAAGCUCUCCCAGUGUCAGUAUGCCUUACCUUUGCUUGUUCCUGACCCAGUAACAAUGGAUAUUGAAUGUCCUCUGUGGACAUUCAGACAAAUAACAAAGAAAUGGAAGGCAACUGAAAUGAAAGGUGACUCAAACGUGGUCACCAUGAAGAGUAUGCCCAUCUGCAAAGCUGAGACACCCAUGGUCUCAUUCCUCCGCUUGGGUUCACCGUCUCUGUCUAAAUCUCAGCUGAUGAACACUUUGAUCAACGAUCGUCACAACACCUUCUUCCACAGAAACUGCCCAGGUAGCACCGAGUCUCGCCACCUGAUGGAUGGUGUUGCAGAGAUUGCCUGGUACUGCCCCGCUGGGAAACCCAACGAUGCCUUCACUGACUGCGUCGCCUUCUGUAAUCUUCAUGGUGACGCUCUGUCGUUUGAAAAACAGCGUGAAAUUCUGACUGACAAAUCUUCAAUCAUUGUGGUACUUGUACCAACUCUGGAAAAAAAUGACAAAAGCAGUGCAGUGAUCUCGGCCCUUUACAACGGUGCAAAACCUCUCAUUUGUCUCAUUGCUGAUAGUGAUGGUGGUGCUGUCCAGAUGAAAAAGGGAAAUUACAAAAUGGGUUUAAAAGACAAAACCCACUCAGCUGUUUCUAAAGAACUGAAAAAAAUCAUUGGGAAGAUUAUGUCUCGAUCUCAUUCACUCUUCCAGCUUGAGUCCAUGAAUAAAGUUUGUGGAAUCAAAGUGGAUGAAGAAGACACAGUCUGCCAAAAAGGGAAAUCUGCAGCAAUGAAAAAUGUGGGCUUGCUUCAGGGGAUAGAAGUUUCAAAGAUCAAAGAUACAUAUCUCCCUUGUCAAGGUCAACUGUGGAAGGAAUGGAGCAAAAUCCACAAAGAACUGUAUUGCCUCAAAGGAAACAUUGAGGAUGACAAAGUUCAAAAGGAACAGAAACUGAUGGAAAAACGACAAGAACAAGUCAAUGUUUCCUGCAGUGAACCAAUGAAAAUGUUCACUGAAAGCCUCUCAACUUUGUCGGGAAAUGAUAAUUAUGAUUAUUUCUUGAAAUGGACUCAGAUCUUAAUAGAUGCCCUCUCCACAGACAAUAUCUCUUCAAUUCUCCAAACCUAUGAUACAAAGUGGGCUGAGGUAUUUGCCUUGAAGAAGAAGCCUGACAAGACUGAACUUCUGAUAACAAAGCAAACUGAGCUCGAUAAAAUAUCAACAGAACUACAGUCAGCAACUUUUGGCUUGGAGCACCUCUUUAGAGAAAUGGGACAGAUCUAUGAAGCACAUGAAUCUCUGCAGAAACCCAAAAAGAGUGGACCGACUGACUGGUCUAAAUACCCUGAGCUGGCUGCAGAACUGAUGAUAUCAGGACACCCAAUGGAGCUGAUGGAUGGUGAUGCAGGUUGUGUACCUCUAACAUGGAUCUCCAGUCUUUUAGAGGAAGUCAUCAAGAAACUGGGGGACAAGAGAGUUUUUGUUCUGUCAGUGUUAGGUUUACAAAGCAGUGGAAAAUCAACAAUGCUGAACGCCAUGUUUGGGUUACAGUUUGCAGUGAGUGCUGGCAGAUGCACCAAGGGUGCCUUCAUGCAGCUGGUCGAAGUGUCUGAGGAGAUGACGAAAGAUUUUAAGUUUGACUACGUACUAGUGGUGGACACUGAAGGACUGCGUGCUCUUGAGUUGGAAGGUAUUGCCACUCUUCAUCACGACAAUGAACUGGCAACCUUUGUUGUUGGUCUGGGUAACAUGACACUGAUCAACAUCUUUGGAGAGAAUCCAGCUGAGAUGCAAGAUGUUCUGCAGAUUGUUGUUCAGGCUUUCAUGAGGAUGAAGAAGAUUAAACUUUCUCCAAGUUGUUUGUUUGUUCAUCAGAAUGUUACAGAUAUUGCUGCUGCAGAAAAAAACAUGGAUGGAAAGAGACGGCUCCAAGAAAAACUGGACAAUAUGGCCAAACUAGCAGCCAAAGAAGAGGGCUGUGAUGCAGAGUUCUUCAGUGACGUCAUUGCAUUUGAUGUGCAGAAAGAUGUGAAAUACUUUGCCCAGCUUUGGGAGGGAAGUCCACCUAUGGCUCCUCCGAAUCCAGGUUAUAGUGAGAGUGUCCAAGAGCUGAAGACCAUCAUCCUCUCCAAAGCUAAAGAGUGUGCUGGGAUCACUCUCUCUGAGUUCAGAUGCAAAAUCCAGGACCUGUGGAAAGCCCUGAUGAACGAACAGUUUGUUUUCAGCUUUAAAAACACACUUGAAGUUGCAGUGUACAGAAAACUUGAGGUUGAGUAUGGGAACUGGACCUGGAAACUGAGGAGCAACAUGCUGACCAUUGAGAUUGAACUUCACACCAAAAUUCAAAAUAGAAAUUGUGAAACGGUUGAACUCACUUACCUUCAUCAAAAAUUGAACAAAACCUAUGAAGAAAUCCAAAAAGAAAUGACAAAAUACUUUGAUGAUGACGGGGACAAAGACAUGUUGGUUCAGUGGCGAGGUCGAUUUGAAGGCAAAAUCAAAGAGUUUCGUGAUGAACUAGUGAAAGGAGUGAAAAGAAAACUGGAUAAAAUCAUCCAGCAGAAAAAGGCUUGCAAAAAGCUUGAUGACAAGAAGGCAGAGUUUGAGAACAACCUGCUACAAAAAAGCAAAGAACUCGCUCAUAAGUUGAAGGACAAGGCAAAAAAUGAACAGGAACUUGAAAAGCAGUUCAACUCUGUCUGGAGUGACUUAGUUACACAACUAACUGCAGAUACAAAACCUAUUGAGGACAUCAACUAUGAUGAAGAUCAGUCAACUGUCCUUCAGAACGUGGGUUUUGAAUGGUCUCUUGUUAAUGAAUGCAAAAUGAGUGGCAAGUACAAACCAAUAUCACAUGCUGGUGAUUUAGGUCAUUAUGUCUCCCUCACUACAAAAAUAAAAAAUGUCUUCAUGUGGUCUUUUCAGGAUGAAGAACAGCUACUGAUCAAAACCCUGAUUGAUGAUGUUGAAAAACAGACCAUAAACCAAAUCAAGCAAAGACCUGUUGCUUCAACAGGCUACAGUUUAACUUACCUGCAGGAAGCUGCCAACACUGUCAAACAAAAAGUGACUGAAUUUGAAUCAAAGAAGAAAUAUGCUCUAAAGAAGGAGUUCACAGUUGAUCUCUCGCUGUAUAUAUUUCACAGAGCAUGGACCUGGAUUUCAGAAUCGCACAAGGAAUUCAAAGUGAACAAUGAUGCACAUUCUUAUGUAGACAGUAAGAAAAUGCAAUAUUACAGAGUUUUCCUAAACUUCUGCAAAGGAAGCUCAUCUGCUGUUGUACUUGGAGAACUGAUCUGUGACAAGCUGAAGAGUGCCGUUGUCGAGGCCGUCUCCAACAAGGUCGCCAAAGAUCUAACUGAUACCAUGAAGAGCAAUUACCCAGCAUUCAAUGGGAACAGGUCAGACUUGGAGAAACACAUGUUGAAGUCACUUGCAAAGAAAGGGGACUUCAAUAGCUUUAUUACUUACAUCCAACAACCGAGGGACCACACAGAGACGUAUAUAAGAGAAGAAGUACAGAACUACAUCUCCACAAAAGAGGGAAAAGAGACGGGCAUGAAAAUACUCAGGAAAAAUUUGGACGACAUCAAAAAUCUUGUGAGUCUAGAUUUAUAUAAUGCAACAGAGAAAGUGAAAACCAGCGGAGGUGACCCAGACAUGUGGAUGGAGGAAUUUUCUAGUUUGCUACAAGCUAAGCUAACAUUCAACCCCAUCUGCUGUAAAAACUUCAGUGACUUGAACAGUUUUGACUUUCUCAAAGAAGAGAUAGAGAAUGGUCUUGAAUCCAUCGUAAAGCAGCUGAGAAGCCUCUCACUGGAUGAAAUGCAGGAAUCCAGGAUGAAGCCUGAUCAAAUCCUCAUUGAUCAGCUUUGUAACUGCUGCUGGGUAAAGUGUCCAUUCUGUGCAGCUGUUUGUACCAACACACUGGAAGAUCACAGUCCUGACAAACAUAAAGUCACUUUCCAUCGCCCUGCUGGGAUUACAGGAAUUUACUGGAAAGGCACAAAGGACCUGGACAUUAAUUUCUGUACUACAUCUGUUGCUAGUGAUUACAGUUUCAUUCCCAGUUGUGAUCCAAAAUACAGCUUUCCUUAUAAAAAGUAUCAAACAGCUGGGGAGAAAUACGCUUCAUGGGAGAUUACUCCUGAUGAGUCUAAACUGACAUACUGGAAAUGGUUUGUCUGCAAAUUUCAAAAGGAACUGGAGGCCCACUACAACAUGAAGUUCCAGGGCAGAGGAGAAAUUCCCAGUGCUUGGAAAAAUCACACAGAACAAGAAGCUGUUGACAGUUUGGAUAAAUUGUAAAACUUCUUAGUGAGUCAGAAACAACCAAGCUCUACUCGAGUAACAGUUACAGCCAAAUCUGUUCAAAAGAAAUACAUGUUUUCAAAUUGCAAUAACAAAAAUCAGGAUGAAGUUGUUCCAAAAUGAAUGAAACGGAACCUGUUCAUUAUUGCGUCAUUAUAAAAAUUGUGAUUUCCUUUUUACAUUAGUACCGAAUUUUACUGAAACAAAACUAUUUACGUGCUUGAUAGUAAUAUUAGGAUGAUUUCAAUUUAUUUUAGGUGAAUAUUUAAAAGAAAAAUGUUCAAAGUAGAAAUUAAACUGGUGUUUCCAAGUUCUAACAUAUUAAGGGGAUAUUUUUAUGAUUGUACUUUUAUGUGAAAAUGUCAUCAAACAGACAUCACUCAAUACUGUCUAAAGUCUUAUGCUUUUCUGAAGAUAGCUGAUCAAUGUGUAAAACUAUUAAGAGUUCAAGUCACUCUUCCAUCAAGAGCCAGAGUUGACAAACUAUGCUUCAAAAUAGAUUUUAAAUGUAUGAAAAAUAUUGUUCACCAUUUAGCUUUUUGGGUCCAACUUGUCUGACUUUUUCUUUACACAAAUGUUUCAAUAUUCUUAUUUUGUAUUAGUUUGUGUGCUUUUUGUUAAGAGAUUGAUGCUAAGUGCCAAUGCUCAGAUACGAGUGUUUAAAACCCUUCAAUAAUUUUGUCAUAGAUAAACAUCAUUGUUUUACUUACUAUUACUACUUAUCUUGGGAUUGGUUUUGUUAUUUGAUAAAUAAAACCUGUUAUUGCUGCAGUAUGUUUUAUAUUCACAAUUACCAACAGAAAUAUCAGUCUGUCAAAAGACAAUACAAUUGUCUUUUACUGUAAAAAUGGAAGUUUAAAGACUAGAUUUACUCUUGCCACGGAUGGAAUUUACAUAAUUACAUUUAUAUAACCCAAAAUAACAAAUUGUGUCAAAUGGGUGUGUGUAAGGGGCUGAGGGUAAGAGUAAUGGAGGGAGUAUAUAUUCCAGCCAAAGGCCUUCAACCUACAAUGAGGAAACGAGAUCAGGUGUGCCAAGACACACACAUGGACCUCAUCUCCUCAUCAAGGAGAAAGAUGGCAGGGAGAAGGCAGGUCGGGAAGAGAACCCGCUAAGUCGGAUAGCGGCCCUGGGGUGCUUACGUUUAAUUUAGCUUGGCGAACACCGGAAAUGCGCUUGGUUAUCUGUUUUGUCACAUUGUUUUAUUAAAAAGAAAGAAGAUAC